AUGGUUGUGGAUGUCCUGCCAACCUGGGAGAGGUACACCUACUGGACAAUGGUUGUCUCAGCCUUGAUCUACUCCACAUAUUCUUUGUUUGUGGAGGGAAACCGAUAUCAGAUGUACUUGAGUGAUGAACUGUCACCUGAGAGGAGAUGGUUUGGCAGAUACCAGGACCAAUCGGACCCUGAGUGGCACGUCUGGAAGUGGGGACUCACGACAAACAGUCUUCUGAUGGUCACUGCUCAUAUCAUAGUUUCUCAGAUGUGUUUUUACUUCAAAGUCACUCCAAAGGUCCACACCUGGAGCCUGGUCAUCGUCGACCUGAUCUCGGCUUACGUGUUGAUCGGAGGUCGACCCCUGGCUUACCUGGUCUGCUCGACUCUACUGGUGUAUGCGGCGUGCCGUCUGGGCAAGACCUGGCUUGUAUGGUUUCUGGGGCUAGCCUUGUUGGCGGCUGGAAAAGAAUAUGGUUUGUUGGAUGUUCAG